GCACAAUCUCUUCCUCACAUAUAACCAAAAUUUACAGAGACAAAUCUAAACACGCUUUCUUCCUCUUCCUCUUCCCUUCCUCCUAACUCAAUCACAAUCUGAUCUUCCGAGACUACGUCCGGCUAAAAGAUCCGAUCAUACAUCUCUCUAAUUCAGUUCAAAAAAUCCUUUUCAUGGGAUGGUCACAAGGAACUCUCAAAAGAGCAAUCUGGGCCUAACAAAGCCCAUGAAUUUCUUCCAAAACAUCAUUAAACCCUUCAAACGCAGCUCAAAUCGAGGUCUUGAAGACGAUAUCGAGAAAAUCGCUGCUCUCGAGCAGAAAGUUUUCCCCUUUCAAGUCUUAGUCUCCGCCACAAAGGAUUUCAACCCGACCCACAAACUCGGCGAAGGCGGAUUCGGACCCGUCUUCAAGGGAAGAUUACCUGACGGGAGAGAGAUAGCAGUUAAGAAGCUAGCUCAAGCUUCAAGACAAGGGAAGAGAGAGUUUGUUAACGAGGCUAAGCUAUUAGCUAAAGUCCAGCAUCGUAAUGUCGUUAACCUCUGGGGUUAUUGCACACAUGGAGAUGAUAAGCUUUUGGUUUACGAGUACGUUGCUAAUGAGAGCCUUGACAAGGUCCUUUUCAGGUCUAAUAGAAGAGGUGAGAUAGAUUGGAAGUUGAGGUUUGAGAUUAUUACGGGUGUUGCUAGAGGAUUGCUUUAUCUCCAUGAAGACGCGCCGAACUGUAUUAUCCAUAGGGAUAUUAAGGCUGGUAACAUUUUGCUUGAUGAGAAAUGGGUUCCUAAGAUUGCUGAUUUUGGGAUGGCUAGGCUGUAUCAGGAAGAUGCAACGCAUGUCAACACUCGCGUCGCAGGAACCAAUGGUUACAUGGCGCCGGAGUAUGUAAUGCACGGUGCUCUAUCGGUAAAAGCAGACGUGUUCAGCUUUGGUGUUGUGGUUUUAGAGCUCAUCAGUGGUCAAAAGAACUCGAGUUUUAGUCUGAGACAUGCUGAUCAGACUCUUCUUGAAUGGGCAUAUAGAUUGUACAAGAAAGGCAGGACUAUGGAGAUGGUAGACCCGGACAUAGCAGCUUCAGCUGAUCCAGAACAAGUCAGACUCUGCGUUCAGAUUGGACUGCUAUGUGUACAAGGAGAUCCUCACCAGAGACCUGCCAUGAGAAGAGUGUCUUUACUUCUCUCGAGAAAACCAGGACAUCUAGAAGAGCCAGAGCGUCCCGGUGUCCCGGGAUCAAGAUACCGCCGUAGAACGCAUCAUCGUCCAUCAGGAACAUCAUCGGUUGGGACAUUGUCGACGACAGGAUCAAGUACAGAUUCGUUUGGCUCGAACUUGAACACAAACAGUGGAACCGGUGGAGCUACUACACCAGCGUCUUCUAGGACACCCACACGGGCUCACGCCACUAGAAGUGCAGGGGCGAGUUCUAGCUCGGAUCCUCAUGGUAAAAGACCUAUGAGGAGUUAUUAAAGUAGAUGAUACUAUUUUUGUUACAUGUUUGAUUGUGUAUAGCGAGCUUUUUUUUUUGUUUGAAAAGUAUAUUAUUGGUUCUGGUAGUGAUUUUAGGAGAGGGUUUAGUAGUAGUGUGUGAGAAAGAAAAAAAAAGUUCAUUCAUUUGUUAUUUACAUUGUUAGUAUAUAUUAAAAAUAAAAUCCCUCCACAUUCUGAGGUCUCAUGAUUGGCUGACCUCAUGGGAAAUAUUUGUUUAUAGGAAUUGUAAAAAUUGUAAUAUUUUAUUAAAUAAAGAUUUUUAAUCCAUGGGAA